GCUGUUCCAAGUGCACUAAAGAAAACACACUACACCAUGCCCCACACAAAAAGCAUCUACAAAACCCCUGAGCCCUCCUAAACCCUUGACUGCAUCAACCGUUGGUAUUCAUCCAAUAGCCCGUAUGCCCCAUUGAGAAUCAAACUUGUUUCUGCUCAAAGUAAAACUUAUUACGAGUAUCCCAACGUUCCAACUCGCAUGAGUCCAAAUGUCCUAGUGUCAUUUUAUUGUUCACAGAGUUAUACUCUGUACAUUACAUCUGUGUUAUCUUAACCAAAACCAUAAAUCCCUUCCAAUCCAAAACCCUAAACCCUAAAACCCCCCCAAAAUUGAAAAAUGCUCAUCAUCCUCUUAUCCAAAACCACCAAAGCCUUCAAACCCAAAACCCCAAUUCCCAAAACCCUUCAACCCCUACUCUCAAAUGUCACUCCCACCAGACCCAUGUCCCAAUCCACCUCCAUCCCCAAAAAGCUUCAGCGUGUACGAUGGAGAGGAUUGCGCAUUUUAGGAUGGCGAUGAAGAUGCCAAAGAGGUUGAAGGAGUUUCUUCUUCAGCAUCAAGGGAUAUUUUAUAUUUCGACAAGGGGGAAUCUAGGGAAGCUACAUACGGUUUUUCUUAGGGAGGCAUAUAAGAGGGGUGAGUUGGUUGAGCUAAAUGAUUUGUAUAUUGCGAGGAGGCAGUUGGCCGACUUGGUGUUGUUGAGUCCAAGGAAGGCAAAGGUGGAUAGAGAAUUAGUUAAUUAUAGAAGAGAUAGAGAAGAUGAUGAAAUGGUACAAGUUAGAAAUGAGUUUGUGGAAAAUGGUUCUCAAAGUUUUGCAGUUGGGGACAAUGUUAAAAAAGAUAGGGAAGAGGAGGAUGAUUUGGAUUCAGAUAUCAUUUCUGAUGCUGGCUCUGAUUAUAGUGAUGAGGAUGAUAAUUGCCUUGAAACUUUGGAUGCAGAGGAUGCCCAUGUAACCGAGUGACUGAAAUAAAGCUUGUGGCUUAAUGAUUAUGUUGCAUAUUGUUAGUUGUAGUCAAUUGCUAUUUCAAGGCAACAUGAUCCUUUAGAGGGUGGAAUUGUUGCUUUUGGUGGAUCAGAUGGUGUCAUAAGAGUCCUUUCAAUGAUAACAUGGAAGGUUGGCUGUUUUUCAUGUUGUUGGUCUAUCACAUUCAGAUCUAGUGUUUCUUUCAUUCUGUGAUAAUACUAGUUUCUUGCAGCUUGUGCGACGGUACACAGGAGGUCAUAAAGGAUCAAUUUCUUGUUUAAUGACCUUCAUGGCUUCUUCUGGUGAGCUGUAUCAAUCUGGAAAAUUAUUGUUUCAAGUAGUUGCUCAUGCAGUCAUGUAAGUUUAUUCAGGUGAUCAUCCUUCUUGUUCAGAGUCCUCACAUUCCGAUUUGGGAAGUUGUGCUAAAAUGAGACUGCAGUACAUUAGAUUCUGCCUCCAAAUGUGUAAACUUGGUCAAAUAAUUCACAGAAAUCUGCAAAAACAGAUGUUAUAUUUGAUUUGAUUGUCUUAAUGAUGUAAAUUUUACACUUUAAAAGUAAGCUAAAGUGGGUUUGAAAUCUUACUCUCCUUUGAAUGUAUAUUUUACCUCACUCCAAUAAAGUUAAAGAAUUUAGUCCUACA